AUGUCACAAUUCCGCCACGUUUACGCAGGUGGGGAAAAAACCUCGGGGCUUCGGAGUAGAACCAUGAACACCCCUGCUCGUUCCCGGGAUAUUGCCCAGGCAACCAAUAAUCCGAACUCCCGACACUCUGUUGUAACCCGCCUGCCCAGGAGCCCAGUUUCAUCUGGCGGGCGGCGAAACCCUCGGUGUGGGACUAAGUCGGCUAAGCGCCUCUGA